AUGUGUGCAACUGACCUAGUUCGCCUAGUUGUGGGCGCAAAAGCUAGCACGUCAGCAAGUCCAGUACUUGCCACUCACCACACUGCGAACAUGUGUGCAACUGACCUAGUUGACCUGGUUGUGGGCGCAAAAGCUAGCACGUCAGCAAGUCCAGCACUUGCCACUCACCACAUUGCAAACAUGAGUGCAACUGACCUAGUUGACCUGGUUGUGGGCGCAAAAGCUAGCACGUCAGCAAAUCCAGCACUUGCCACUCGCCACACUGCGAACAUAUGUGCAAUUGACCUACUUCACCUCGUUGUGGGCGCAAAAGCUAGCACGUCAGCAAGUCCAGUACUUGCCACUCACCACAUUGCGAACAUGUGUGCAACUGACCUAGUUCACCUAGUUGCGGGCGCAAAAGCUAGCACGUCAGCAAGUCCAGCAUUUGCCACUCACCACACUGCGAACAUGUGCGCAACUGACCUAGUUGACCCAAUUGUGGGCGCAAAAGCUAGCACGUCAGCAAGUCCAGCACUUGCCACUCACCACAUUGCAAACAUGUGCGCAACUAACCUAGUUCACCUAGUUGUGGGCGCAAAAGCUAGCACGUCAGCAAGUCCAGUACUUGCCACUCACCACACUGCGAACAUGCGUGCAACUGACCUAGUUGACCUGGUUGUGGGCGCAAAAGCUAGCACGUCAGCAAAUCCAGCACUUGCCACUCACCACACUGCGAACAUGUGUGCAAUUGACCUAGUUCACCUCGUGGGCGCAAAAGCUAGCACGUCAGCAAGUCCAGUACUUGCCAGUCACCACACUGCAAACAUGUGUGCAACUGACCUAGUUGACUCAGUUGUGGGCAGAAAUCUUUCUGGCAAGCAGAAGCAAGUCGUCACUCGUACCCUUCGAAAGAUUCUCAUUUCCUGCCACGAGCUUUUCAUGUCCCAUGACGAAGUACAUGAGCUGUCUUGCUUCUGA